AUGAUGAAAAAUCUUUGGUAUCCCCAAAAAAAACGUUUCCAUUAUGAUCGUCAAGAACUUUUACGUAUUCGUGAUAGUUCAGCCCCAUUUCCGGUUCCACAACGUCUUGUUGGUCUUGAUAUUGUUGUUAAUCAAUGUGACAAAAAUAAUAGUAAUGAUAAUACAAGUCAUUCAUAUACUGAUACAACCAGUCAACGACGCAAGAAUCGUGCAUGUCGUCAAAAAUCAUUACGUACUAAUCGGAAAUCAUUAACACAUGAUCAAAAUAAUCCAAGUCUAACAAGCGGUUCAAGUCAUAAAAUAGAAAUUCAUGUAUCAACUGAACCUGAUUUUAGUAAUCAAGUUAAAAAUACUUACAUUCCAGUCGACCAACAUAAAAUUGAUGCUGAUAAUAGAUUUUUAUGUGAUGUUAGAUCCAUAUUAAAUAAAUUAACACCACAAACAUAUGAUCAAUUACAAAACCAACUUGCAACUUUAGAAAUUGAUUCUUAUGAAAAACUACAAGGAAUGGUUAUGAUAUUGCAUUCUAAAGCUGUUGAUGAACCACAAUAUGGUUUUCUAUACGCAAAAUUAUGUAGACAAUUUCGAAAAAAACACGUUGACGUAAUAGAUCAAGAUGGCAGAUCAGAAAAAUAUAGAUUUCGUCAAUUAUUAAUAAUAUGUUGUCGAAAAGAAUUCAAUACUGAUGAUAUACAAGAAAUCGAAUAUGAAAAAAGAAAACUCGAACUUGAAGCGAUAACAGAUGAGAAAAAACAUCAAGAAGAAGCUGAAAAAUUAGAAGAUCUUAUUAAAGCUAAAAGAAGAAAAUUAGGCAAUAUUGUUUUUAUUGGUGAGCUAUUUCAAGUACAAAUGUUAACUGAUACUAUUAUAUAUGAUUGUAUUGAAUAUUUACUUCGUGAUAAAACUGAUGAAGUAAGUCUUGAAUGUUUAUGUGAUCUUUUACGUGCUAUUGGUGACAAACUUGAUGCUAAAGCUAAGAAAAAACAUACAAAGAAGUCCAAAUUGGAAAAACUUUAUUGUGAAUUAAAUACUAUUGUCAAAGAAGAAAAAAUAUCAGCACGUAUUCGUUUUAUGAUUCAGAAUCUUCUAGAAUUAAGAAAAACUGCAUGGGGCACUUGUCGUUCUGAAACUAAACCGACAACAAUUGAUGAAAUUCAUGAACAAGAACAUUUAAAUCGUGAAACUACUAUUAGCAGUGCCUAUAGUGGAAGUAGUCAACAACAGCAUAACAAUAAAAAUGAUAAUUACAAUAGUGAAAUAAAACAACAAUUGAGUAUAAACGAAGAAGAAGAUAGAAUAGAAAAUCACUCUCAUGCUAAUAUUUUAAGACAACUACAAUCAAAUGAUAAACGAAAUCAAGUACGAUUGACAAUUAAAUUAAUACCACGAUGUAUAUGA